CUUUUGCACUCUGUGCCUGCAGGAAUGUCUUAAGCCGAAAAAGCCAGUUUGUGGCGUCUGCCGCAGUACCCUGUCGCCUGGUAGCAGAGCUCUGGACUUGGAAAAGCAAAUUGAAACGACAGAAACCACGUGCAAUGGCUGCAAUAAAAAAAUGUAUCUCUCGAAGAUGCGUAGCCAUGCAGCGUCUUGUUCAAAGUACCAGAAUUACAUAAUGGAAGGUGUGAAAGCUGUGACUAAAGAACCACUUCACAACACCAG